GCCAUUGUGAGAGAACAGUUGGAGAAGGAAGGGAAGGCAUCCUAUUGGCUGAAGGAUGUGGGCGGAGCCCAAGAAGGCAGGUUCUAUAGGACCAAAGAGGUCCACCUUCUGCUCCUGGGAACGAGAGCUUGGAGACAAGGUUGAGCAGAGCUUCCAGCUUCUUGUUCCCACCAUCUCUUCUUCUGGGGCUCCUCAGUGGCUCCUCUUUGCUCUAAUAAUCCCUCUUCUUCCUCCUCCUCCUCCUCUUGCAAAACAUGAGUGAUUUUCACCUGGACCUUGGUCCUCUGAAAGAACCUCUAGGUUUCAUCAAGCUUCUUGAGUGGCUCUUUGCAGUGCUUGCGUUUGCUUCUUGUGGCGGCUACAGAGGCGUUACUACACUUCUGGUUUCCUGUCAUGGGGUGGUGAAUAAAACAGUAGCAGCCUCUUUCAGUUAUCCUUUCAGGUUGAACACCGCCGUGUUUACUUCGCCAGAUCCCACCCGAUGCAACGGCACCUGGACGGAUUUUUACCUGGUGGGAAAUUUCUCGUCUUCGGCCCAGUUCUUCGUCACCUUUGGAGUCCUGAUCUUCUUCUAUUGCAUGAUGGCCCUGGUGUUUUACCUGGGCUAUAUGCACGCCUAUCGGAAUGGUAGCAAUUUCCCGAUGAUCGAUUACGUUUUCACUCUCUGUGCGGUCUUUCUGUGGCUAGUCAGCACCGCUGCCUGGGCAAAGGCCCUGGUUGAUAUCAAAGUAUCAACCGGUCCCCGCGUUGUGGACGAAAUACCGGCAUGCAAAAUUCUUGGAUCGUCCUGUGUCUUUGCUUCUGUAACCAGCAUGGGAAGUCUGAAUGUGUCUGUGGUUUUUGGCUUGGUAAAUAUGAUUCUGUGGUGUGGAAAUGCUUGGUUUGUAUAUAAGGAGACGAGUCUGCACCAACCUAACAGUAAUUCUCCAAAAUCAGGGUUCUAUCCACCAACAUCAGGCAUCUGAAGUGUUGUCGAUGUAAUGCUAAAAUGGCCGUGUUUCACUUUGUUGACAAGUCUGAAUAUUUCUGUAUUUCAAAAUCGUUUACGAUUAACUUUCACACCUGUACAGUUUGGGGGAGAAAACGCCUGGUGUAUGUAGGAAAUGAGUAUUUUGAAAGAAUUGAUUUACUUCAUUGAAUGUAGUCUAGUCAAAUGCUUGGACAAUGUUGUCAUCUUAGGAAAAAAAAAAAGUAUUUUGGGCCCAGUACAUUUCGGUUGUAAUGAUAAACUGCAUUUGACAAUUCUUGCCUGUAUAAUCCUACUCACGUUAUACUGUACUUAACGUUUUGUCCUAAAGAGAGAUUUAAAAUAAUUGUUGCGCAUUCUAUCGAGGCUUAGGAUUUGGCAGAUUUACUGUCUGUUUAAACAGUUGCCUGAUUUAAAAAAGUUUCCUCCACAUCAGAAAGUACUUUUUUUUUUUUUGUAUUUGUGAUUUCAGUGUAACUGUUCAACUGGUACUAUAUAAAAAAUAGUUUGGCUACAGCUUGAAUACUCUGUGAUUAAUAACUGAGGUAAAUCUAAAUGUUUGAGCUGAUCGACAGACGACCACCAGUGAUCUCUUUUAAAUUGAAAAAGUUCUCCCUGAUCUUGAGAAUGCAACUUAUACCCAGGGAAGGAUGAAAGUCUUAAGAAAACUUUCAAUUACUUCGACGUUUGACUGCUUAAACACAGAUGCUUAAUGUUUUUGAGCAUUGUCUCUGACAUGUACUGCUGUACAUUAAGAUUCGGUUCAAUUUAAUAAACUGACAUUUCUAGAAAUUG